GAGGGGGGUGCCUGGGGUAGGAGGGACAGCAGAUAGAGCCUGGAAAGGAUGAUAAUCACUCAGUCCUGCUCAGUUAGAGGGCUGCUUGGUUGAAAAAGCCAAAAGUACUUUGGAAGAGGUGAGCUUCGUUUUCCUCUCUCUCUGCCCCUCUCGCUGGCUCACGUACAUAUAUGGGGUGUUGAUCUGUCCAGGCUGGGAUAUUGCAAUGGCUGUAGCUUUGGAUGCCGUGUGGAUUCGGGUCAAGGACGUGUGCAAAAGGAACGGGCUGCUGAUCCUCUCUGUGCUUUCUGUCAUCAUCGGAUGCCUCCUGGGGUUCUUCCUCCGGACGAGGCGGCUCUCCGAACAGGAGGUGAAAUAUUUUCAGUUCCCGGGAGAGCUCUUGAUGCGGAUGUUGAAAAUGCUCAUUCUCCCUCUGGUCGUUUCCAGUUUGAUGUCGGGACUGGCGGCGUUGGACGCCAAGGCCUCCAGUCGUCUGGGCAUCAUCACCAUCUCCUACUACCUGUGGACCACGUUCGUGGCGGUGGUGGAGGGCAUCAUCCUGGUGUCCAUUAUCCACCCUGGGGGUGCUGCCCAGAAGGAGAGCACAGCGGACAGCGGCAGACCCAUCAUGAGCUCCGCCGACGCGCUUCUCGAUCUCAUCCGCAACAUGUUUCCAGCAAACCUGGUUGAAGCCACCUUUCAGCAGUACCGGACGAAGAUCAUCCCAAUCAUGAAGUCCCCAAAGGCAGCGGCAAUCACUGAGACCACGACUCGCCGCCUCGUCAUCUACGGGAUCCAGGGCGACAACGGGAUGGACAUCCAGAACUUCUCCCUGGACCUCACCCCCCCUCCCGAGAUCAUCUUCCACUCCCUGCCCGGGAGCAGCGACGGCAUGAACGUGCUGGGGAUCGUCAUCUUCUCCGCUACCAUGGGUAUAAUGUUGGGAAGGAUGGGAUCCAAUGGCAGUCCCCUGGUCAACUUCUGUCAAAGCUUAAACGAAGCCGUGCUGAAGAUUGUCGCAGUAGCUACCUGCUACUUCCCCUUUGGCAUCGUGUUCCUGAUUGCUGGUAAGAUCCUGGAAAUGGACGACCCCACAGCUAUUGGUAAGAAGCUGGGUUUCUACGCCAUCACUGUGGUGCUGGGGCUGGUCUUGCAUGGCCUCUUCAUCCUGCCCAGCAUGUACUUCUUCAUCACCAAGAAGAACCCCAUCGUCUUCAUCAGGGGCAUUCUCCAGGCCUUGCUCAUUGCGCUGGCCACGUCAUCCAGCUCCGCCACGCUGCCUAUCACCUUCAAGUGCCUGCUGGAGAACAACCACAUCGACAGGCGCAUCAUCCGCUUUGUGCUGCCCGUCGGAGCCACCAUCAACAUGGACGGCACGGCGCUGUACGAGGCUGUGGCCGCCAUCUUCAUUGCACAGGUCAACAACUACGAGCUCGACUUCGGGCAGAUCAUCACCAUCAGUAUCACAGCAACGGCUGCAAGUAUUGGAGCUGCUGGCAUUCCUCAGGCUGGCCUGGUUACCAUGGUGAUCGUGUUAACAUCGGUCGGCUUACCAACUGAUGACAUCACUCUGAUUAUCGCCGUGGAUUGGGCGUUGGACAGGUUCAGGACCAUGAUCAAUGUGAUGGGGGAUGCCCUGGCCACCGGGAUCAUGGCUCAUGUCUUCAGGAGAGAAUUCACCAAGAAGCCCUGUGAUGAGGUCCCUCUGAUCUGCGAGACCAAGCCCAUGAUCAGCAUUCAGCAGCUGAUGGCGUACCAGAAGAACGGCUGCUCCAACCCCCCGCCCGGAGGAAAGCCUCCGCUCCCCGAGGGCAUUGCCGCCGAUGUGGCCCGGAUCAUGCAGCUGGAGGAAGGGGUCCGGCCCGAGAAGAACAAGGAUCAGCCGGAGAAGCACAGAGACAAGGACCACUGCUCCAUUGACAUGAACGGCCUUGAGACGAAUGUAUAAACAGACGGGAGCGAGUGGGGCGGGGCGUGAGACAGCGAGGGAGAAUGACCCACGAGGGCGGGGUCUUUCUUCACAGUGGUGCACACUGGGAUGUGAUUGCACUGCUUUGUUUGGGAGUGUGUGAGCGUGUGCGUGUGCGUGUAUGAUGAAACAUGUGUUUGUGUGUGGCACACCAGCACAUGAGCUUAAACACAGCUACAGGGGCGAGCCAAAAGCAGCAGCAUCACCAACGCAUGUGAUUUAGGUCACUGCCGUUGCCGCUAGCAACCAGACUUACCAUGAGCCCAUCCUCUCAUGCCAGAAGACAGCUAUGAUGUCACAGGGUGGUCACAAAUACCCACUGCUGCUGUUGCAGGACAUGUCUGAUGCAGUGUGUGUGCAUGAGCACGUGUAUGUUUAAAAUCAACCUUCUGUGGACAAGCCAUACUCGACUAUACUCAACAAACUGCCUGUUCUUUUAUUAUUAUUAUUAUUAUUAUUAUUAUUAUUAUUAUUAUUAUUAUUAUUAGUAGUAGUAGUAGUAGUAGUAGUAGUAUUUGUUUUUUUGGGACUCAAAGCACAAGACAAGCAUGCAGGCUCCCGUGCUGAAGACACCACGAGGCUGCAGCGGUGCACCAAGCAACUGCAUAACCGUUUGUGGCCUCGAUAUGUAUUAUUCAUGUUCAGUGUACUCCAUUCACAAUACCUUUCCUUCCAUCCGCCUGCUUGUCAUUGUCUCCUGUGUCAAUAUAUCCUGUCUAUGGCUAUGCCCGCCUCUGGCAGAAGCUGUUGCUGGUAUUUGAACUCAAAGUCAUUUCCAGGACCAGUUUAAAGAAACAGGUCAAAAGGGAUAAGCAAGAGUACAGCAGAACCCCAACCAGACAUACAGCAUAAGUAGCAGCAACAGUACAGCAAAUGGGCACAGAAAAAAACACUUAUACAGAGAAACUACAAAAAAGUAUAGAAAUUGUACACAUUUUGUUGGCACUGUAAAAUUACCCACAACAGAUGCUGCAAGAAAAGCCUGGUAACUAGUACGAGCUACUAUCUCAGACGAGUCCAGUAUUAACAUGAAGUAAAUAACAGUGACUCUCCUGUAUUGAAGCAAGUGCAAAGGCACAGGUAGAGUUCUGAGGGUAAUAAACUAGGUAGAAGUGACCAUGAGGAGCGCAGUUCAUUCUGCUGAGUUUAUUACUGGUUUAUUAUGUUGUAUUGCCUUUGUGCUAGAUACAGAGCCCUGGAUAUUACUAUUGA